AUGUAUUUAGCCGUGAUAUUUGUGUUUUUCGUAACCCUUUUAAUAGUUUUAUGUUUUUCAAUUGCAUCAUAUGGCAACCUUAAUGGGUUUUUCUGUAGUCGGACUUUCAUAUUUUCGGUGUGCAACACCAUUAUCUGCGCUAUACUCGUCGAAAGCGGCAAUAAAUCGGCAGAAGAUUUGGAUGGGCUGAUGACGCUUCUUGGUUUUCGGGUUUAUGAAGAGGGAGAAGAUGAAGAAGAAGAAGAAAAUGAAGAAAUAGCAGAUGGAUGGAUUGACGAUGAUGACGACGAUAAUGAUGAUGACGAUGCUGAUGACGACGAUGACGAUGAUGAUGAUUCGUAUGAUGGCUCAGAUGGUUAUGAUUCAGACAUAGAGUUGAGUAGCGAUGAAGAUGACGAUGAUUCUGAUUCUGAUUCUGAUAAUUUGGAGAGCAGGAUAGAAGAGUUCAUUGCUAAGAUGAGCAAGAUGUGGAGGGAAGAGUUAAUGAUGGAGAAAUCUACAAAUUAA